AAAGUGGUAGGUAGCUAAGAAGAACAGUCCCAUGUGGCCUGCAUAAUAUAGUCACGCGCAUAAACGUCAUAGGAGUGACCCGUCCGCGUGUCUGGGAAAUAUGUCGCCUUGAAAUUUCAAUAGGCGGCCAUCAUGACCUAGGUCAGGUAGAAAAGCCGCCCGGUGAUCUUUGCCAGCAGCGCGGACAAAACCAGAGCGUUCUUCGAUUAAGACGUAAUCGAAACCAGGUUACAUUGUUCUAGGCCCUCUGUUCGAUUAUGGCAACUUCCCUGUUUGGCCUGUGUAAAAGAGAGUGUGUUAUUAUUACCUUAUUACAAAUAGGGGUUUCAACGGUACCUUACCUGGUACGAAGUACAUAAUAAAGUAUGAAUGAUGUACCUAGGUACCUAAGGUAAUUGUGCCCGGUGGGUCCAUCUGCAAACUUCAAGGUUCAAGGUUCUUACAACCUUAGGUACCUACCUGGUAGUUAGGUACCUGUACCUUACCUAAUGUAUAAUACAUCGUACCUACAGAUACCUCGGUACAAUAUACGUCGGCGUGUGUCAUCUCUCAAUUCCAAAUAUCUAUUGGAACCUUUUCGAUCUUGAGAGCGAUCACAUUAUACCCGUCCCAGCAAACGGCCUCGUCAUAAGGGGACAUCAUAUCUCUCCAGUCAACGCCAUUUGGUUCAUUUCAAAGUAGCUUGCCAUGUCAGCGUUCCAACUAUCAAAGCUACUUCCUCUACCAGAGGCCGAACUGAAGCAAGUCAUAGACUAUGCGACGACGCUCUCCAAGCCAGAGGCCGCAGAGCAUUUUCGGAAUUUACUCGGCGAGUCUCCUGAAUCUAUCGACUUCAUAGCUUCCUUCAAUUCGAAGAGGCAAGAUCCCAAAGCUUGCAGUGCGUUAUCAAACAGAUCUUCGCACAUCGAACCGGUGCCAAAGCCGGUGAGAGCACCUAAGAAACCAAAGCCUCAGUUGCACACUCCCGCUCCUCGUCAAGUCACCAACCAGGGCCCUGUUCCAGGGACCGUCUACAACAAGGAUAUUGAAAGUGAUUACAUUGUUCAACGUCCUAGCCCGGCCGCAGCGUCAGCUGGAUCGGGGUCAAGAAAGAAGCCUCCGGCUCAGAAAUCAGCUACUCCCCCGCCGCUAAAGCUACCUCCCUCUGCUGCAGGUCAACUGAUAUCAGAUGUCCGGAAACCCAAGCCAAAAUCCACGCCUGCUUCACGCUCCUCCACACCAGCACCAAAGGCCAAAAUUCACAUCUCGGGCGGCACUGCCAUGCAUGGCGCAUCUACAGCUCUGUCAGACCUAGACAACGCCAUCCGACUCCUUGAAACCGCUACCAAUCCUACUCUGGGGACAGACGACUCAGCGCGGAAAUGUAACUGUGUCGCAGCUAGACAUCCUUUGCUAGCUGCCGCGCCUAAUUGCGUGAAUUGUGGCAAAGUCAUAUGUGUGAAAGAAGGCCUGGGACCUUGUACCUUCUGUGGCACGCCCCUUCUGAGCCCGGUUGAAAUACAGCUAAUGAUACGAGAACUACGCGAGGAGAGGGGCCGAGAAAAAAUGGCUGCAGAUCGUGAGGCUCAUAAAAAGGCCGACGUUUCAAGGACUCCAGCCCCUUUCUCAAACCCCAAGGAAACUCUCGGAGAGACUAGCGAAGCACAAGCAAAGGCACUAGAGCAUAGGGAUCGUCUAUUAGGGUUCCAGGCCCAGAAUGCACGCCGAACAACCGUCAGAGACGAAGCUGCUGACUUUGAUGUCAGUGGAGCAAUGACAGGAUUCGGCGGUAAUAUUUGGGCCACCCCUGAAGAAAGAGCUCGAGAAUUGAAACGCCAGCAAAAGAUAUUAAGAGAGAUAGAAUGGAAUGCUCGCCCAGACUACGAGAAACGACGGCAAGUCAUUAGUAUCGAUGUAGUAGGCGGUAAGGUAGUUAGAAAGAUGGCCGCCGUCGAGCGACCAGAAAGCCCUGAAGACGACGAUAUGCAGACAUAUGCAGCCCCACAGGAAGUCAAAAAUACCGACCAUGAUAAUACCAACAAAGGGAACGAGGCUGGCGGUGCUUUCAGCAAAAACCCAUUACUAGGUUCGCUAAUCAAGCCAGUUUUUGAUGUCAGGGGUAAAGGGACUAAGCUAGAAGGUCGUGAUUCUAAAGCGACUCGGUGGAGGAGAGUGCAAGAUGAUCUAGACGACAACGAAGUUGUCAUCCUUGAUGGCGGAGCGCAUGGAAGUAGGCCCGGCCAAGAAACGACAAGUAAUCCCGUCGUAGAUGAGCCUUCCUGUGGCUAACAUCGUCUCAGGUUAGGAAAUUUAAUCGGAGUGGGAAACAAAUUUAAUACUUAAGUAAUCGGUGCUAAGUUAAGAAUACUGUAAAGGAAUGUGAAACGCGUUCAUUGGUAUAGGUAGUGUCACCUCGAACGACCAUUGCUACGCCUAACUUGAAUAACGAAGACGAGUCCAUAUACGGAUCUGUGGCCAUAUUUCCAUUGGUAUCUCC